CCUCCCACUUGCUUUGUUGCACUCUUUUUUAUGGAUGCUUCUUGAAAGCAAAGGGAAAAGGAACCAUUCAGGGUAAUCAACGUAGUGGAAGCUUAUUAAAGAAAGAAAAACAAGUUGUUUCUUUUGAAUUUUCUAUUAAAGCAAAUUCCACUACAUAAAAAUACCUUUCCUCCCUUUUAAUCCCAUUGUCUUCCUUCUUUCCAAGUUUUGCAUCAUCAAUUUCCUUCUUCCCUAAGAAAACUGGCUCUACAUAUCCCUCUUACCUAUUUGCAGACAACAUUAAUUCUGUCCCAACUAUCAUCCUGCACUUUUCCAGAGCGAUAUCGAAAUCAAUCCUCGCCUUUAGAGAGAGAGAGAGAGAGAGAGGAGAUGGGUGCUGAUUGGGGACCGGUCGUGGUUGCGGUGGUUUUGUUCAUUCUUCUGUCACCAGGGCUUCUGUUCCAGUUCCCAGCAAGGAUGAGGGUGGUGGAGUUUGGCAACAUGUACACCAGUGGGAUUUCAAUCCUAGUUCAUGCAAUACUCUAUGCUUGUAUUUACACCAUCUUAAUCGUCGCAAUUGGGAUUCACAUACGUCCCUGAUUCAUCCAAACUCUGCACAGUUUCCUUCCUCCCAUAACUGGGUUGCCUUUAAUUUGCCUUCUUUUUCUUUCCUUUUUUAUUUCCUUAACUGGGCUCUGUUUCUGAGUAAUAAUACUGUAAGAGUUUUUACCCAUGGUUGGGUUUAAAAGACAAGGGAACAUGUUGAAACUUCCGUUUUAAGUGUGGCUCCGGUGUUAAAAAUUAAUGAUCUAGUUCUAUCUCGAACAUGGAUCGAUUAUGCUAUGAGAUCAGCUGCAUCGAUCUCGCACUGGUUAAGCUCAUUCUUCGUAUUCGGUAAGUUGACUAUGAGCUCUUGAGCGUUGAGCAUUGCUUAUUUACUUGCCGACUGGUUUUUAAGGUUGAACUCCCACCUGACUAUUUGGUACCCAAAUGAAGGCUAAAUUUCUCUACUGUUGGCAUUAUGUUUGUUUCGCAUUUAGAAUUGGAAUCCGAACAUCAUUGUGGUGGUGUGAGAAUUGUUUCUUCACUAAUAUUUUGAUAAAGUAAUUACAGCUUGAACAGGUUAUCUGGAGUUUGUUUCAUUUGUAAUCUGAUUGAAUAAUAUCAUCCGAAACGUAAGCGAAACAGAAUCAUAUGACCAUUUCUCCCGGAUGAGCCUUGUAGGAGAAUGAGCAGUGCAAUUGAUAAAAGAGAGUCAACCGUAUGAUGAACGUGAGUCUCAAUCAAUGCAUAUAGGACCCACAUACAUAGGACAAUAUCCACAAUUCGAAGAUCAUUAUAUGGUAUACGCAUCAAGUUAAUUUUUUCCCCGAGACGAUGGGAUGUUUGGUGGGAUUAAUAGUUACAAAAGGAGUCGAACACCUCCUCCAUGAGAUCACGAUCGAACUCAAGAUCUCUCUCCCUUCUUUCUUAGAAGAGAGAGAGAGUAACGAUUAACCAACAACACUAGCCGUGGUAUUCAUGCACCAAGUUAAUUGAGAGCAAAAAUCCAACACAAGCCACAAACUAGAACAAGAAUUAGGUAAUCAAAAACGGCAAGAAAGAAAGAUAAUAGAAAAUGUACAAAGGUACUUCAGAUCUGCUUCAGUAAUCUAUGCUUUCUUAAAAGGAAGUUCGCUAUCCCAAAGAUACUAAAACUCUAGAGAGAGAGAGAGAGAGAUCAGCCGGUGUAGAUGUGGACGUGAACGGCGAUGAUGAGGAUGGCGUAGAGUGCAAAGAAGAGAAGAGUGUGGAAGGCUAUGGCCUUGCCGUUGGUUUUCAUGCUCCCGAACUCCACCUGUUUGUUGUGCCCUGGUAUCUGGAACAGCAACCCCGGUUGCAACAGCACGAACAGCACCACUCCGAUCAGCACCGGCCCCCAGUCCGCCAUUGUUGAGUCUCCAAGUUAACACAGACACAGAUCUAGAGAGAGAGAGAGAGAGAGAGAGAGAGAGAGGUGUGAAAAGUGGAAACCCUCACACUUUAUGAGAGAAGU